AUGAAGCUCUUCAACGCCGCCCUCGUCGCAGUCGCGGCCCUCCCCUUCGCCGCCUCCCUCCCCACCAUCGCUCGCAAGGGUUCCUUCCUCUUCGACUCCUCGACCGGCGACCGCUUCUACCUCAAGGGUCUCGCGUAUGCGGCGAACUAUGGAUCCGGCCAGACACCGCCCUCUGGCCAAGUCAGCGAGGUCGACCCCCUCGCCAACGGCCCUGGCUGCGCCCGUGACAUCCCGUACUUCAAGCAGCUCGAUGUCAACAUUCUUCGCGUCUACCAGGUCAACUCCAGUCUCGACCACAGCAGCUGCAUGAGCGCGCUCGAGUCGGCCGGCAUCUACGUCCUCGUUGACCUUGCGACGCAGGUCGAGGCGAUCUCAGGCUCCUCGCCUGCGUGGAACCUCGAGCUGCUCACGCAGUACAUCAACACGAUUGAGGUGUUCGGGCAGUACUCCAACGUGUUUGGCUUUAACAUUGGUAACGAAGUUAUUAGCUCCCUUGCGGACGACCAGGCUGCUCCAUACAUCAAGUCUGCCGUGCGCGACGUCAAGGCUUUCAUGUCUGCGCACAACUACAGUCAGCUCGUCGGUUACACUGGUACGGAUUCGCCCAACUCCCGGGCGACUCUUCCCUACUACCUCGCAUGCGGAGAGGACAGCUCGUCCAUCUUUGACUACUGGGGUCUUAACAUCUACGAGUGGUGCGGCAACAGCGACUUCCAGACUUCUGGAUAUUCGGCUCGCACGCAGGAGUUGGCCAAUCUUGGCAUUCCCGCUUUCUUCUCCGAGUAUGGCUGCAACGCCGUCGAGCCCCGCGCUUUCCAGGACGUGCCUGUCCUGUACAGCUCGGACAUGUCUAACGUCUGGUCGGGAGGUAUCAUCUACGAGUACAUUGAGCAGUCCAACGCCUACGGUCUCGUCAACAUCUCGUCGGACGGCUCGUCUGUCUCUACGCUUACAGACUUUAACAACCUGAAGUCGCAGUACGCGACCGCAACUGGCUCCUCGCUCGCGUCGGCGUCGUACUCCCCCUCGAUCUCCCUCCCGGAUUCAUGCCCCAUGAGCAAUGCCAGCUGGCCCGUGGCCACUUCCCUGCCGCCCACGCCGAACAGCGGUCUUUGCGACUGUAUCGCGAGCCAGCUGUCGUGUAUCUCGACCUACUCUCUUGACGAUGCCGGCCAGAUUGGUACGGCCAUCGGCACGAUCUGCGGUACUUCGUCGCAGGCUUGCAGCGCCAUUACCGGCAACGGCACGUCGGGCUCAUAUGGCGAUCUGUCCAUGUGCAACCCUCUGCAGCAGCUCAACAUCGCGAUGGAGAUAUACUACAACGAGCAGAGCCGCACGUCGUCUGCUUGCCAGUGGGCUUUCGCCACGCUCGCUUCGAGCGCCAGCAUCAGCGGAACCGCCCAGUUCUCUAGCGCUACCAGCAGCUGUGUCGCGGCUGACGCGUUUGCGAGCAGCACUGGUAUCCCCACCGCGACCACGACGCUCGCUGGUGUCUCGACCCACCCGUUGGUCUCGGCGCGGCGGCCUCUGGCUCGAAGAGCGCAAGCGGGGGCGGCGCUGUCCGGCUGA